AUUCUUAUAACGACGGCACUCAUUUAAGUUUCGUACAAAAAUCAUUUCAAUUUACAUUGAUUUUUUAGCUCAAAGCACAGGUUGGAAGUAGUGAAGAGCCCGCAGAAGCUCAGCAAUCGCAGAACACAGGGCCAGUCAAAAGCGCGGAAUUAUUUUGUGGAGAAAAAGAAAGAUGCCGCUGUCCUACGUAUUUAUCAACGUCGCAAACCCAGUCCACAAGUCUUCGCAUACUUAUGCACACUGCAAACGGAGUGGUGGAAGAAGUGUAUUCAAAGGUUGAAAGGCGAUCUUUUCCUUAGCGAUCCUGCUAGAUUAGCGCACGUAUGUGUGGUCCUUCAGAACGAACUACAGAUAAAGCUGAACGCAUGCCAUAUGAAGAAAGAAGCAACAUCCAACUGGGAACCACCUUGGAACGCAAUGUACUGGCUAGCAGUGGUUGGAAAGAUUGAGAGAAUGAGCUGGGGUGACGCGGACAAAAGAAAGAAAGUUCUGGAUUACUUUAACAAAGAGGAAAUACCAAGCGCGACCAAGUUCUUUUCAAGGUCAAAACUGUAA